AUGUAUUUAACUCAAGAAUCGACCGAUUUAUUCUUUCAAUUUCCUCCUUCUCCCAUCAGUUCAGAGUCAACUUUUCCUAAUAAUAAUUGUGAAAAUUUUCAGGUUCAAGUUGAUGAUAUCAUUGUUAAAAAUCUUUUGAACAUGAUCCCUCCUCCAAUUACGGUCAAAGAAUUUGUUGAAAGUAAUUCUUUUGCAACUUCAGAUGGUCACAUUAAAAGACCAUCCAAUUGUUUCAUGAUUUUCCGUAAAAUAGCACACGGGCAGAAGAACAAGACACCAGCUUUAGCACAUUAUAACGAACGUGAGUUUUCUAGAAUCAUAGCUAGGAUAUGGAACAAUCUUACCGAAGAUGAGUUAAACAUCUAUAAGGAUUUGAGCAAAGAAAUUGUUGAAAUUCAUCGUAUCAAAUUCCCUGAAUAUAAAUAUACACCGAAAAGGAAUAAGACCGUAUGGAAGCAUUUCGUUCGCCCAGUUGAAAAAAAGAAUAAAAGAAAAGUUGGCGUAAAAAAAUCAAAAAAACAAAACCAUAUUACAUCGAAUUUUCCGUAUACACCACCUGUACUUGAAAGCGCAAAUAUCAAUUGUUUAGUGGUUUUAUCAAGUUCAAAAUAG